CGGAGUGAACAGAACGAAGGAGUAAAUUAGGAAUCGCAAAACAAUGGAAAGUCAGAAGAUUCUUUGGAUUUGGUGAGUUAAAAGUCAUGGUUAAUUGAGAGAUUAAAUCGGUUAAUUUAACUUUUAAUCUUGAACUAUUGCGCAGAAAAACUGUUAACUUAAAAUAUAACAUUUUAUGAACUGUUGUUGUCAUCAGCAUCAUCAUUACCACCAUUGUUGAGAGGGAAAAGCUGUUAACAACUACCGAAGCGAAAUUAGUAACAGUCGACAUCAAUUGUAAAGCGUUUAAGUUACUUCUUUUUUUACCGAUUCAAGUGCCAUUCAACUUUACUUUAUUUUCACCAAAAACUGCUAACACCAACUGAACAAACUAUUGAUUUACAUACCUGUUAUUUGGGAAUUUGAUUUUUUAUUGUGUUUUUCUUCCUACACUUGCUAUCCAUUUGGAUUAUAUCGUCAGCUGUUGAGACCAAUGGAUCUAUCAACUUGUGAAUUGGAUUCACCAAUAAAACAAUUUUUCAAUGGUAAAAAUCUGUUCAUCACUGGUGUCUCAGGAUUUUGUGGAAGGAUUUUGCUAUCCAAGAUCCUCAAUGAAUUGACUGGCAUUGGUAAAAUUUAUGUAAUGAUGAGAUCCAAGCGAGGUUCAAAUGCGAAACAACGAGUCGAUCAUUUACUGUCAUCCCAAGCAUUCAAGUUCAAUCCAAUUCCUGAUUAUCAGCGAGCAAAGAUUAUUCCUGUGGAAGGUGAUUUAUCAAACCCAGAGUUACUUUAUGAACAGGAUGAUAAGAGAAGGCUGAUUGAAACCAUUGACAUCGUGUAUCAUAUUGCUGCUUCAGUCAAGUUUGACGCUAAUUUCAGGUCACAAUUUGAGACGAAUGUCCAAGGGACGGAGAAUGUAUUACGUUUUACCCAACAAAUGAAACAAUUGAAAGUAUACAUACACAUUUCAACGGCCUAUUCUAAUUGUCAGAUUGAUCGGAUCGAGGAAAAGCUUUAUCCGUUAACAGAUGAUAUUGACAAAUUGAUUGCCAAAAUCAGAUCGGUCGAUGAUAAAACAUUGGAAGCCAUGAGAGAUGAACUUUUUCAAGGAAGACCAAAUAGUUAUGUUUACACUAAAGCCAUGGCUGAACAUGUUGUUGCCAAACAUCGAGGAGACAUGAAAACAGUCAUAUUAAGACCUGCAAUUGUUUCACCAGCAAUUCGAGAUCCAGUUCCCGGUUAUGUCGAUUCAUUUAAUGGGCCAGCAGGCUUUAGUACUGUCUCUUCAUUAGGAAUCGCCAAAGUCACUGAUUGGGAAUUCAAUCAUCAAUUGGAUAUUUUUCCAGUUGACUUUUUGGCAAAUUCAUGUCUUGUCAGUGCAUGGUUGACGAGUACUAACAACAUCAACGAGUUAAAAGUAUACAAUUUAUGCUCAACAACAAUCCGACCUGAAGACAAUUAUACGAUGUUAGCUGAUGGUGAAAGGAUAAUGAGGAGUUGUCCAUCUCUUUAUGUUAUUAGGCCACCUCGAUUACCUCCAAAGACUCAUAAUAUGUCCAAUUUGGAGUAUAAAAUCAAAAUUUUUUACAGUCACAUUCUUUUUGCUUACUUUAUUGAUCUUUUACUUUUCAUAUUCAGACAACGACCCAUAAUGAAGAGGAUUGUCGACAGAAUGCAUUACGCUCUCGAUUUGAUGAAAUAUUUUGCUGAUCGUCACUGGAGCUUUGAAUGUGACAAUUACAUUAAUUUAAUUCACAGCUUGAAAGGCCCAGAUUGUAACACAUUUGAUUUGGACAUUUCAAAACCGAGAACUGACGAUGUGCUUAUGAAUGUCUGGCUUGGUAUAAGAAGAUACCUUCUUAAAGAAGACGACAGAACAAUCUCAAUGGCAAGAAUCAAAUAUCGAAUACAACUGUUCCUUUAUCUGAUCUAUCAAAUUGCUGUUCUUUACUUUGCCUGGAAAUUGCUAACAGCUAUACCUUUCGUUGGAAUCAUCCUUUUUAUUGCCUUCACGUAUAUUUCAGAUAAUUUGAUUGAUAUAUAUAAUUGUACAAAGAUGAUAUCUUCAUUAUAACUGAUUUGGAUUAUUUUUGGAAAUUUAUUAUUCAUCAUUUACAUUGCAAUCGUUUCAAUCAUUUGUACAACUCAUGACUUUCAUAUAUUUUUGCUUUAUUUUUGUAUCAUUUAAACUGUUGUCUGAACAAAUUGUUUAUUUUUAUACCAAUAACAAUGCUAAUAAAUUUCUUGAAUCACAAAUUCUUAAUUUAUCAUUAUCGAUACUAAUAGCAGAUGCACAAAUUCACAAUUGUAAUAAUUUAAUGAUCAUUGUUAUGAACACAAAAUUGGCGAAUCAGGACCAUAAGAUUUGUUUAUUUACUAAAACCCUUUUACAACAUUUGUUUCUCUCGCAUAUAAUAGAGUCAAAAAUUGGCUAAACUUGAACAAUAAAUUUCAAUGAUUUAACUGAUCUCGCCAGUAACCUUUAAUUGCAUCCGUUGACUAUUAAAGUCAAGGUACAACUAUUGACUGACAUUAAGUCAAUGGCACAAUUCAAUGGACUAUUGCGUGAAUUUACUUAUCAAUGUGAACGAAUAGAAAUUCAUUUUCACAGUUAAGUUCUUGCUUAAGAUCGAGAUUAACUUAACCCGAGAUAAGCAUGACCAUUAGAAACAGUUAAAUUACGAAAUUAACGGUGACACCAAAUUUUAAAUUGUGAUUAGCACGAUAAGCUGGAAAUUAUGACAACAAAUAAUUCCAAUCUUUACGAUUUUUGAGAUUGAAUCAUUUUGUUAUUUAGCAUAAAUACAAAUGUAAUGGGAAACAAAAGACAAAAGAGUUAAACACUAAAUCUUCAAAUAAACAAUCUUUAACAUUAUCAAGUGGGUCAUUGAAUCGGUCAGUGGUCCAAAAGAUUAUUCAACUUUUACUGACAUGAUUAAUAAAUAAAAAGCAAGAUAAUCAAAAGUACAGCCAAUGAAGUAAAGUGGCAACAAAAAGGUUUAAGAAACAGUCAAAGUAACAAUGAAUGAUUGAGAGAAAAGGUCGUUUAGCAUGGUUUUAAUGAAUCGAUUCUAAGAGGUUGUCAUCUCUAUUCAGAGCAUUUCAAAUUGUUUGCUCGUUUAUGCAAAUGUUAUUUCGACCAAAAAAUUAUCCACUAAGUUAUCUUUCAAUCAUUGUAUUAUCCAGCUUUUUCAUGUACCAAAACAAUGUUGAUAAUUGAAACGAAAAAAAGAGUAAAAAAGAGCAAAUAUAAAUGAUAAUCAUAAAUAAUUUAAAGGAAAAGAUAUAUUCCUUUUUUGCUCAUUUUUAAUGCAAACUAGUUAGCAACUUUUAUAUGAGAGUUCAAGGCUGAAAGGAUUUCGCUCCUCGAACCGUUCUACUUUAAGAAUUGAGAAUCAAAUUUUCCCUGACUAUUGAUAUUUAUCCGUUCGUUAUGAUUGUCUGAAAUUUUGUUUGCCUCC